AUGAAGUACAACCCACGCGUCAGCAGCUCCCGCCGCAAAUGCCGUAAGGCUCACUUCUCUGCUCCUUCGAGCGUCCGCCGUGUGCUAAUGAGCGCACCACUCUCCACCGACCUCCGAUCCAAGUACAACGCCCGAUCAAUCCCCGUCAGGAAAGACGACGAGGUCCAGGUCGUUAGGGGCACCUACAAGGGCCGCGAAGGUAAGGUGGUUCAGGUCUACCGUCGGAAGUGGGUCAUCCACAUCGAGAGGAUUACUCGUGAGAAGGUUAAUGGGCAAACUGUUAACGUCGGGAUUAACCCAUCGAAGGUCGUUGUCACUAAGCUGAAGCUUGAUAAGGAUAGGAAGUCGUUGCUUGAUCGUAAGGCGAAGGGUCGUGCUGCUGAUAAAUCGAAAGGGAAGUUUACUGUUGAUGAUGUUGCUGCAGGUGAAUCUCUCCAGGAAAUCGAUUAG